CCCUCGCAUAUGUAUGUUAAUGUUUUCUUUUCCGCUGGAUCAGUCAAUUUGCCACUCGCCUGCUGUACUCAGCCCGAUUUAACUGCUGUAGCUCGGUUCACGGAACGUACUUGUUCCGCAUUAGUUGGUACCUUGUCCUUAUUAUAUCAUCGGAACUAUUGUUAAAUAGUAAUUCAGGUUUUUAAAUGUUGCGUCAACACGCCAAUGGUCGGCCGUUUCUAUCCACUCCACAAUGAAUCGGAACGAAUCUCGGAUGCGAACAAGUGCAAAUUGAGGUUUUUCGGAUCUUGCUACUCUUAUCAGAGAUCGAUUAGGCGACGGCAGGAUGGAAGGUGGAUCCCGCAUGGUAUUCAGUUCGGACUCCUAUGGGCGUACCGUUUUUCCUGGAUAAGUUUACACGUUAUGUUAGUAGCGCGCUGGGCCUUUCAGUUCCAUAUUGUGUGUCGUUCGAACAAUAUGCUUCGCUUUGUGUGUUUGUUCGCUAUUUUCCAUGGGGCAGCGCGCGCUUACGAUCACGAGCUAAAAUGCCCUUCUAGCUCUGGGUCAACCACACCGGCCCGACUUAGGGCUGAUCUGCUGUGCGACUAUGACAGUUAUAUCAGACCUGUCAAAAACCAUAACAACGCCACCACUGUUCAGUUCCGAUUGAUGCUCAAAUACUUUCAAUACGACCACUUUUCCCAUAUGCUCAGCGUCGAUGCGUGGAUGACAGUGAUCUGGCUGGACGAGCACCUGAAGUGGCAACCCAAGGACUACGACGGCAUCAAAAGCAUCCAUCUAUCGCCCAACUAUGACAUUUGGUAUCCGGAUUUGUCCGUUUACAACAGGAAGGACCAGUCGACUGAUCCGAAAGUAGUGGGCGACAUUUCGUGCUCAGUGACGUACGAGGGCACCGUGUUCUGUGUCCCCCCAGUCCACUUCGAUGCCCUCUGCGUCCCCAAUCUCACUAAGUUUCCGUACGACAUGCAACGCUGCGAAAUCCGCAUGGGAUCCUGGGUGCACAAGGGCGAAGAGAUCGCCAUCAAACCGAUGAAGCCCGUUGUUGAUACGGAAGAAAUGGACUCGAAUGGCGAGUGGGAGCUGGUCAACUUCCAAGGGGUGGUCCAUAAGGGGAACUACAGCUGUUGCCCGAACGACACCUACCCCUCAGUGGACAUCGUGCUGAACAUCAAGCGGAACAGUCACACUCACACCAUUAACGUCGUUGUUCCUCUGAUUGUUUGCAUCCUGGUCACUGUUACCGCCAUGGCCAUGUCGCCCCUGAACAGGGACCGGUUUGUGCUCAACUGCGUCUCCAUUAUUGUCCACAUUUUCCAUAUCCAGAACUUGGUCUACUCCAUACCCACCACGGGGGAGGAUCUGCCCAGUCUGUUGGCGAUUUCACGGGACUCGUCUUUACUGGCCGGACUCGCAAUAGUUUUUACGAUUGUCCUGAAGAAUAUGAUGCAAAAUCAGUGCCAAAGUCCGGCCUGGGUGGCCGUGAGCGCUUCAGUUUUGAUCGCGUCCAGGCCCGGCCAGCUGAUUUUCCUACAGGACGCUUCCUUGAAGGGGGCGGCCGCCUCGCAGAAGCAGGAGGACGGUGACACGAUCAUUUCGAAUAAUGUGGAAACGCCCCCGAGUGCCAGUUCGUCUGAUUGGUACAUCGUGGCCAAGUUUCUGGAUGUUCUUCUCCUGGCCAGUUACGUUCUUGCCUACGUUAUAAUCCUGUUCAAAUUCUAGUGUUGUUUGUCUUAAUAGAAGCUGUAGUUAACAAA